UUUCAGUCUCUCUCUCUCUCUCCGAACCCUCAUUUCUUCCACUUCUGAUACAGCUUUGCUUGGAUUCUCGAUAUAGAUUUUCAGUUUCUGCUUUCUAGUGGAAAUCCCAAGGUCUGGUUGAUUUGCUUGACUCUUCAAUGGGGGAUGCUGAAAAUGCAACAUCUACAAAGAAGAGGGCUGCUGGAAGGGAACUAUCACGCGAUAACCCUGGGCUUGAUGAUGAAGAUGAUGUGUCUGAGCAAGCAACUGGAACAUUUAAGCGGGCUAGUGAUGAAGUGCUAGCCGGCAGAAGAAUUGUCAAAGUACGUCGUGGUCAGACUGCCUCUACCCCAUCUUCUAAUCCCUUUGCAGGAAUACGCUUGGUACCUCCAACCGAUAAUAGUGGAAGUGCUUCAGAAGGUAAAAGUACUGCGCAGGCAGUUGGUGAAAAAACAGGUUCAGAUGAGGCAAAUGGAAAGGAUGUUUCCCAUGAAGAGAAAAAGGAUGGAGAUCAUAAUGAUGAGCCAGCAGAACAUAAAAUUGACACAUCGGAGGCUGAAUCUGGUACAAAUGUGCAGAAUGUUGAUCAGAAUAGCACUGAUGUAAGUGAAUCUGCCAUACCUAAGGUAGAUGAUAACUUAGUUGCUGAAAGUAAUAAAAUUGAAAAUGAAGUGCAAGCAGGAGAAGAUAAGACUAAAAAUGAGGAACUUAUAGGAGGUGAUAAUGCUGAGAAUGAUGCUUGUGUUAGUGGCGGUAAGAAUGAGAACGAGGAUCCUGCACGAGGCAAUGAGAAUGAAAAUGAAGAACCCUGUGAAGGAAAUGAAAUGCCAAACAAAGAAACUGGGGAUCAAGAAAAGGUAGAACAUGAAGAAAAGAAAGAAGAGGGAAGUGAAGCCGAUACUAGUAAGGAGGCUUCUCCGUUGAGCUCAUUCCAACAACUGUCAAGUAGCCAGAACGCCUUCACAGGUCUUGCAGGUACCGGAUUUUCGACUACUACGUUCUCCUUCGGUAAUGUACUCAAGGAUGGGGCUGGUCUAAGUUCUAGUUUUGGUCUCUCUAAUAAUGGUAGCUCAGCCUUGUUUAAUACUUCUUCCACUGUUUCCAAGAGUGAGAAAAGCGGUUUUCCAUCAAUGCAAGAGGUUGCAGUUGAAACUGGUGAAGAAAAUGAACGUGUGGUUUUCAAUGCUGAUUCUAUAUUAUUCGAGUUUCUCGACGGAUCGUGGAAGGAACGUGGAAAAGGAGAGCUGAAAGUUAAUGUCCCGACAAUUGGUACUGGGCGAGCAAGGAUUCUGAUGAGGGCUAGAGGAAAUUACAGGUUAAUUUUGAAUGCAAGUCUUUACCCUGACAUGAAGCUCACAAACAUGGACAAGAAGGGUAUCACAUUUGCCUGCAUGAACAGCACUAGCGAAGGGAAGGAUGGUCUUUCAACAUUUGCUUUGAAGUUCAAGGACGCAUCCAUAGUGGAAGAGUUUCGUGCAGCAGUCACAGAGCAUAAAGGCAAGGCUUCUUCUACAGUUCUGAAAACGCCAGAGAAUUCUCCUUAAGGACUCAAUACUUGAAAGUUAUACUUGGUGGAGAAAAGCAAAGCUGCAUAUUUCCUGCUCUGGAGUGUCUAUCAGAGGUUAUCCUACAGCUCAAGCAUUUCGUACGCCAUCAUGUAGCAGAGUCGUAGAAUCUUACGCAUUUUGUUGUAGUUUAAUUUGUCGUCGUAGACUCGUUUUCUGUUCAUAUCUGGUGGGUGGAACAUAUCUUCAUACUGAAUAUGCUCCUAAACUAGGGAAUCCUUGACAGAAUCUCAUAAUUGUCCAUUAAACUUUGCGAUAUGAACCAGCUUUUGUUCCAAAAAGAUAGAAAUGCAGAAUGCUACUUUUGUUAUUUGGAUA